AUGGCUAAAACUGCAAAGGACACACUCGAGAGUGACAUGGGCUGUUGCUUCAUGGCUUCAUUCUUCCAACUCAAACCGAAAAACUGUGUCCAUCUUCAGGACAGCCCAGACAAGAAGAAGCAACUCAUAAUUACAACCUCAAAACCAGCUAAUAAACACCAAGAAAUCCCAAGGCUGCUGCCUUCGAACAACAAGAAACGGGAAAAUGCCGUGCUUUCGGGCCAGUUGGGCAAUGUGAUCAGGCGGCGGCAGGGGCAAUUCUGUAAAAAUAACCAAAAUGUCGUUACUAAGACGCUGAGCGGUACACACAUAAUGCUCGGCCCGAAAGACCAGUUGAGAGCCGAUGCUCUGAAGUCGUUAGGGAACGUCAAAUACAAGCAGGGGAAGUAUGAAGAGGCAAUAGCAUUGUACGACCGAGCAAUUUCCAUUGAUCCAAACAGGGCUUGUUACUAUGGAAAUAAGAGUGCGGCCUUAAUUGGAUUGGCCCGUCUCGUGGAGGCUGUUUUUCAGGGCUUAGAGGCGGUUAGAAUAGAUUCUACGUAUCAUAAUGUGCACUAUCGGCUCGCAAAACUUUAUUUAAGAUUGGGAGUAGCUGAGGAAGCGAUUAGUCAUUAUAAGUGCUCGGGACUAAGGGCAAGUCCAGAAGAUAUUGCUCGAGCUGUAAAUCUUAGGAGUUGUCUAGUGAGGUGUAUUGAAGGUAAGAAUAAUGGACACUGGAAAGCACUUCUUGGUGAGAGCCAACUUGCGUUAUGUCUCGGAGCAGACUCAGCUCCGCAGAUUUACGCGAUGAAAGCAGAAGCUCUAAUGGAACUCCACAGACACGAAGAAGCAUUUUAUGCCACGCAAAAUGCACCACAUUUUUGCAUCAAACACUAUACCAAAUUCUUAGGCUCGGCCGCAACAGCAGGCAUAUUACGAGUUCGUGCGCUGGUUUACGCAGCCAACGGCAGGUUCGAGGAUGCAGUGAAAGAUAUUGGGCAUGCAUUACGGCUCGAUUCAACAGACAGCAUGAGGUUGACCGUACAAAAAGUCAAAUUUGUGGGGUUAGCUCGACUGAACGGCAACCGGCUAUUCAACGAGUCCAAGUUUAUGGAGGCUUUAACUGAAUAUAGUAAAGGACUUGAGAUAGAUAGUUACAACUCUGUUCUACUAUGCAAUCGAGCUGCAUGCCGGUUUAAACUAAAACAAUAUGAAAAGGCAGUGGAGGAUUGUACACAAGCUAUUGCCGUUCGGCCUUCUUACUCGAAGGCCCGAUUACGGAGGGCCAACUGCCAUGCUCAGUUGGAAAAAUGGGAGGCUGCAAUCGAAGACUAUGAGAUACUAACGCGAGAAAGCCCGGGAGAUCGAGAUGUGAGGGCUUCCAUAAUAGAAGCUAAGAUAGAGCUCAGAAAAAUGCAAAAUGGGUGUAAUAUAGAGAUGGUUCACAAGUUGAGGAAUAUGCAGAAAUGGUUCACAAGUUGA